AGCACGUUGAAAUGUUUACGGUUGAGCCGCGCUUAGUUAUAUUCAGUGAGUGCUAAGAACUGUUAAAUAAUCCCAAUUACAAUAAUAACAAGGCUUAUGAAGAAAACAUAACACGUAAGCAGCAAGCUAGGCCUCUGCAUAGAGCAGCGGACAAUGCAAAACCUUUGCAAGUUAGUUAGCUAAGUUAGCCAGUACUGUAGUUAGCAUUGGUAACAGUUUCAGACGCGAAAUAGAGCUGUUAGCUUUCUACACAGCAAAUUACGUAGAAACAAACAUGGAAUCUUCACUGGUAGUUCCAGUCAUUGAUGUCCAGAAUGAUAAUUUCAAAGAGCUUUGGCCUGCCAUGGUAGUGGCCAUUAAAACGUCGUCCUUCGUUGCACUAGACACGGAGCUGAGUGGUCUUGGGAACAGGAAGUCCUUGCUGGCUGAAUCUAUAGAGGACAGAUAUAAAGCCAUAUGCCACGCAGCACGCUCUCGCUCCAUCCUCUCCCUGGGAAUUGCCUGCUACAAAAAACUGGACCACAAGGCUGCAGACACAUACCUGAUCCAGGUAUACAACCUCACCCUGCUGUGCUCAGAGGAGUAUAUCAUAGAGCCCCAGUCAGUCCAGUUCCUGGUGCAGCAUGGAUUUGACUUCAACAAACAGUAUGCUCGUGGAAUCCCGUACUGCAAGGGCAAUAAUAAGGGAGGAGCCGACGACCGGGGUGUCCACAUCAGGGCGUUAUUCACUGAACUGCUGCGUGCCAGGAAACCGCUGGUGCUCCACAACGGCCUCAUCGACAUGGCCUUCCUUUACCAGAGUUUUUAUGCUCAUCUGCCCGAGCGCCUGGCCACCUUCACAGCCGAUCUGUCGGAGAUGUUUCCUGCUGGCAUUUAUGACACCAAAUACGUCACUGAAUUUGAGCUCCGACUCACUGCCUCUUAUCUGGAGUAUGCUUAUAAAAAAUGUAAGCUGGAUAACAGCCGCAGUUUGACCUCUGGAGGGACCAGACGUCACGUUCAUGUAGAGUUCUGUCAGUAUGCCGGUCACAUGUCCAGCUAUGUGGACUUCAGGGUGUGUCCAGCUGUGGCUAUUCCUGAGGGACAGACUGACAUCUGCCAGCGCUUCUCUGCAUUUGGCUGGUGUCCAAACGGUACCCAAUGUCCAUUAUCCCAUGACACUGACCUGAUCAUCCUCCAGGAUGAGAAAGGCAAGGAGGACAAAAGAAAAAAGAGGAAGAGACACAGAGAGAAGAAGAAGGGUGGAGGAGGUGGAGGCUCUUCCGGUGCCCCUGAAAACAAAAUACCCCACAUGGAGGUGGAUCAAGAAGAAACACCAGAUGACCAGCAAAAGGUGACUGCCGAUCCAUUCCCAGGAAGUGGGCCUCUAAUGGACAGUGAUGGAAACUCCCAAGAGAACAUGAAAACAGACAGCGAGGGAAACGGAGUGCGUGAAGACAACUCAGACUCCAGAAACUCUGCAACAGUUGCCACAACUGAUGAGGACGCAAACACAAAAACCAGCACAGACGACGGAGGAGGACAGAAGUUUAGUGACCACUCAGCUGGGACCGAGGCUCAGAAGAAGUCGUCUGAGGGAGGAACGCACCGGGCAGGAUUUGAUGCCUUUAUGACGGGAUACAUCUUUGCCUACUCGUGUACUCUUGUUAAGAAGGAGAGAGCAGGAGCUGUAGAGGAGGAGGAGUGUAAGACGGACGAGCAGUCGUGGCUUCCUUCCUGUCUCAAUAAGGUUUACCUCAGCGGCAAGGCAGCUCCCCUCAACGUGGUCAAAAGCACCUUCUCCAAGUCGUCCAAAGCCCACAUACAGAAGAUGGAGAUGGUGUGGGGAGGGAAAAUUUAGUGUGCACACGUACACACAGCAGGACAGUUAUAGUUUAUACAAGCGGAAGUUCAUAAUUUAGGUUUUUAGCCAUUCUAGCAGCAUGGCUCUAUGGAUGGUAUUAUCUUUCCACCAUUUUGAUCCAGACAGAAAUAUCUCAAUAACUUUGAGAUGGAUUGCUGUGAAAUUUUCUUUGAUGGAUUGUUAGAAAUUUGGUAGAAACGUCCAUGUUCCCAUCAGGAUACAUUUUAAUGCCUUUGGUGAUCCCCUGACACCAUCAUCAGGUCAAAGUUUUAAUGUGUCCAAUAUAUCUUGGUUCCUGAUAAAAUACCUGCAAAACUAAGAUGGUGAAUCUGCCAAACACUAACAUGUAAGGACUUUCAUUGUGAGCAUCUUAGCAUUUAGCCCAGAACACCACGGUGCUUAAGUACAUCCUAAAAGAGGCACCAGCAUGGCUUUUUUCUUGGGGGGAAACAGUCUCGCACCGUGGUCACUUUAUGUUAAUGGAAAACAGAAAAUUAAUUGACAACUAUUGUGAUAAUCGAUUAUUCAUUUUAGUCAUUUUUAUGAAGCCGAGAUACCCAACAUUUGACAGUCUCACAUUCUCAAAUGCAAGGAUUUGUUACUUUACUUGGCCUUAGAUUAUACUAACUUUAAUAUUUUGGGGCUUUUUAUUCUGACCCAGCAAAAAAAAGACAAUUUGAUGAUCUCGCCUUAGUAUAAUGUGAUGAGUGUUUUUCACUUUUCUGAUGGGUUAUAUACCAAACGGUUUAUCAAGAAAAGAGCUGGUAGAUUUAUCAAUAAUAAAAAGAAUUGUUAAGUUUUUGCCCUAAUGGUUAAAAGAUACAGUCUGACAGCAUUUAAAGUCUAGCGGGAUAAAACAUGGGUUUUCAUCCGUGUUUAUUUUAUGCCCCCAUACUGUUUUUAUUUAUUCAGCAGUAUUCUCUGGGGUUUUGACCUUACUGAUCAAACUGUAACACUCAGAAAAUAGAGAAAAGACUGAAAGACAGAAAUUAAUGACUUAGCAUUGUAGAACCAGCAAUGCAGAGGAACCUUUUAAUUUAAUUAGCUACUGUGUCGUUGCAGACAGAUGAUGACUGAUACGUUAUCCCACAUUCCAUAUUUUGCAUAAAGACCUGUUUCUGAAGUCAAAUAAACUAUUGCUCUUUAACAGUUGCUAUUUUGACUUUCUUAUCCACAGGUAGUCAUUUAAUUUCCCAUUUGAAGGAAAAACCAUCUGGUCUUAGUAACAACAUCGUUUUUUUUUUCUGGUGCCGCCCUCGAGUCAAAUGUUUUCACUCCAUUUUUCUUUCUAUCCAACCUUUUUUUGUGGUGUAUAUUUAAUAUUACAUCCUCAGUCACCAGUAUGGCUACAGACUUCUAGCAUUAAA